GGGAUAGUUAUUAUAUAGAGAGAAUGUUCCUGCCAGCGUGCUCAGAUGAGAAAACACAAAUCUAUCCCCUGCUCUAUAGCUUUGUCUCGUAACGCCCCUAUUCAUCUAGUAGAUUGUAUAGUGGACGUCUACUAAGACAACGUAGACAAUGGGCUUUGUUGCUACCAAGAAACCCUCCAUUCUGUCCCUCAACGAGCAGGUUCUCGAAGAACCAUUGUGAACAAGCCAUACUUAAAACUACACACGGACCAGACAAAUCAGCUAGCAGAUUAAUACGAUUCGCGAUGUGCCAAAUCUGGAGUCAGGAGUACUCCGAAUGCCACCACGUCUCCAGGAAUCUAAUCCAUUGCCCUACAUACUACAAGCAGCAGAGCGAGGCAAACAGUUUCCUGGGACGUCUUUUCAACGGCAGUGUUAAGAGAAAGAAAGACUGUGGACGUGUCAUCCCUCACUAUGGAGAGUUGGUACCCUUUUGCCCGGCUUGCUCGGUCAAGAAUGACCAGCUAUGGGGUAAUCCGGUUGGUGAUGGGGCCUUGAGGGUCCGUCACCCGCAUAUGAGGGAUGAGUAUCAAUACCACUCCAGAGAGCAUCGUGAAAGAAGUGAGAACUCGGCCGAAAGGUCGUGUAGAAGAUCAGACAGGCAUGGGCAGGAGGGCGUAUGGAUUCCGGGGCUGUACUACGAGCCGGAGAAUCUCGCACAGAGAGACCCCUACAUCCGUACGGCGGGAAAAGCACGACCAGUCAGUCCGGUACAGUUACCGCCUAGACCACCCAGUAGACCCGAGCAGAAACGGGAUAAAUCAGAAGCACAUCCGCUAAGUUCGACAAAAAACUACGACGAACAUGAACAUAGACAUCAAGUGUCCACCAGCAACCAACCCUCCCAAAAAGCCGAGAGAAAAGGGGAUAAGCCGGUAAAAAGCAACGAGCGUAGACUCCGCGUAACCACUAAGGAAACCUCUAGCUCUAACAUAUCUCGCCGCUCCGGGGAACCGGCCUCGCCGGCACCAAACCGUGACCGUGAACGCCGCGAAGCAGACGACAGGGAUAGGGACAAAUCCGCCAGAAGCAGGAGAUCCUCUCGAAUACCUACCCUUAUACGUCGCCCUCCAACACCACCCCCCAAAGACCCAGUGCGCAAAUGGCCGCCGCCCAUCCGGCACUAUAUAGACCCGAUACCAAAACCACAACCACAACCACCUACCUCGCACUACGUCGUCGACCCGAUACCGAAGCCGGCGCCGUCGCCUAUCCACUGGGUCUACCCAAUACCGAAGCCGCCCCCCGCACCACCUCCGGAGAAACACCCGCGACUGCGGCGCAAACCCGGCCAAGUCCACUACGCCCCGCCGCCGCCGCCAUCACCCAGUGCCCCUGCGCUCAAGCCGCCCCCCGCGCCGCUGCCCGAGUACCAAGUCUACCUGAACGCGCAGCGCUUCGCCAAAGACUACCACCCGCCGGCCUCGCCCGCCAUCGAGAAGAGCAUCGAGCCGCCUAUGUUCCGGCCGCCCCUGCGGCCGCCCCCGCAGCGCAGCAAAGCGUCCCACCCCGGGGCCGGGCUCGUGAGCGGAUUCCACGUGCGUCCGGCGCUGCGAAGGGUCGGUCCGCUGCGCUUCUCGGAUAGUUCUUCCGAUGAGAGCUUCGUGUGUUGCGACGCGCGGCAGCUGACGCUGAAUGGGGCGCGGGCUUCCCGAUGACGCCCUGGUAUGUAUGUCAGAUGUUGAUAAAUCUGUCGCCGCCGUCGUCGUUGUUGUUGUUGUUGCUGCUGCUAUUCGUGGCAGUGAUAGUAAUGGAGUUAGUAAGUUACAAACCCCUGAAAUUUUGGCUGUUUAGAAAGAAUUUUAGGUACGUAUAGGUAUACGUAGGUAUACAUCGAUAUAUAUAGAUACAUACACACAUGUGAUGUGUCGACACCAUUUCGAUUCGUUUAUACAUAUUAUAUAGGGACGGACGGUCGGGUGGCUUUUCUGCAAAGUUUAGUUAAACUAAUAAAAUGAGUUUUAGAGGAUCAGUGUUGUCUUUGUGGGAUACGUAGGUAUUAUUCUAUGUGUUUUGGUAUUAAUGUUGAUGAUAAUUCUCGUGUAAUUUUCUAUAUGUCGAAGAUGAUAUGCCGGGAGCGACUAUACGUUGAGAAGGUCCCCCGUGCCUGUGCGGACUUUAUAUACA